UAUUUACCCCACCCCACCCCCUCUCUCGCUCGCUCGCUUGCUCGCUCUGUGCGCGCGCUCUCUCUCUCUCUCCCUCUCUCUCUCUCUCCCCCUCUCUCGACUCCUCUGUCUCACUCUCCUUUCUACUCGCAGGCUGCACAGAGUCCGUGUGGAGUACGUGGAAACCAAUAGGAUGAGGGUUCCGUAAUAGAUGCAAAUGAUCCAGAAAAGACACUGCGAAAUAUGAACAAACUCAUUUGCUCCGAAGUAAAUCACGGAAAACUGUUUAUGAACUGGCAGCUCUCUUUGGAAAUGUAAAGCGAGAACUCCUCUUUUUUUAAAAAAGCGCCGGAUUUUUUUUUUUUUGUUUUAGGGGGGGGGUUUCGAAGAAAGAAGAAGAAGAAGAAGGCAAAAAAAAUAUUAAGAAGAAGAGAGCGAAAGGCAGAGAGCGAGAAAGGAGUAACAGUCACAUCAAACAACAAUAAAAAGAGGGAUCUGGUACCAUGCAUUGUGGCCAAGAGUUUUGACUCAAUCCUUGGGAUUUUUUUUUUUUUUUGGUCUUCCUUUUUAAAAAAAUCUAUGUCUGUCUGUGUAUCGCCCUGGAAAUCACAAAGAUCCUCGGGUUAGCGUCUCUUCGCUUUGCGUCCGGUUCUGUGGCUCCUAUUCCUGUGGCUUUUGGCUGUCCCCCCCCCCACCCACCCCCCUGGUCCUCGCACUCCUCUCUGUCGACCUAUUUAAAAUAAGCUAUUUAUAUUAAAAUGAGCUCUUACUUCGUCAACUCCCUGUUCUCCAAGUACAAAACCGGGGACUCUUUGCGCCCCAACUUCUACGACUGUGGGUUCGCCCAGGAGCUCGGAGGGAGACCGACAGUGGUGUACGGGCCGAGCACGGGCGGCACCUUCCAGCACCCCACCCAGAUCCAGGAGUUCUACCACGGGGCGUCGUCUCUGUCCAGCUCGCCUUACCAACAGAAUCCCUGCGCCGUAGCCUGCCACGGCGACCCGGGCAAUUUCUACGGCUACGACCCGUUGCAAAGGCAGAGCCUCUUCGGCGCCCAGGACUCCGACCUGGUGCAGUAUCCGGACUGCAAGCUCGCCUCCGCCGCCGGCCUGGGAGAAGACGCCGACAACUCGGAGCAGAGCCCGUCGCCGACCCAGCUCUUCCCCUGGAUGAGACCGCAAGCAGCCGCCGGACGGAGGAGAGGAAGGCAGACCUACAGCCGCUACCAGACCCUGGAGCUGGAGAAAGAGUUCCUUUUCAACCCUUACCUGACCCGCAAGCGGCGGAUCGAGGUGUCGCACGCCCUGGGACUGACCGAGCGGCAGGUGAAAAUCUGGUUUCAGAACCGCAGGAUGAAGUGGAAAAAGGAGAACAACAAAGAUAAGUUUCCCAGCAGCAAAUGCGAACAGGAAGAGCUGGAGAAGCAGAAAAUGGAAAGGGCGCAGGAGGUGGAAGAGGGCGGCGAAACACAGACCGGGGAGAAGAAGUAGGCGCUUUUUGGAAGCCACUGGACAGGCGAGCCGCAGAAAGUCUUUCCAUGCGGGCCAGCUGGGUGGUGGUGGUGGUGGUGGUGGGGGUAUAAACACUGCUUAGGGGAGGGGGACUCGUCCCCCUUCCGUCGCUGUAAAACACUAUAGCUGUGAGCGUCUACUUCUGAUUGUCCUUUGAUACAUACGAUGAACUAUAUCUAUAUUUAAAAAGAAGAGAGAUCUCGGAGUCUUUCUCGCCUCGUUGCUAUUCCCCCCCCCCCCCCCCGUUUUUCCUUGCCGGUUAAGACUUAGUAUUAGUGUAAUGCAAUAGCUUCUGUUAACCAUGACUGUGAAAAUUAUUUCUCUCUCUAUCUCCUUUCUCCCCUCCCUCCCUCCCUCCCUCCCUCAAUGGGGUGCGUGAGAUGCCCUGGGCUAGUGGAGAAUAUGGGGCCAUUCUAUACUGGCCAGGGCUUCCUAAAUAGAGUAACAGGCUUCCAAGUCCGCUGAAGCCAGUGGGGUUGGAAGGGGUCGCCUCGGUUUAGGAUGGCCUUGGUCACCUCCUUGCUCUUUCCAAAAGGCAGGAAAGGUGUGGAAACCAGAUUAGAGCACUUUCCAAACCCAAACAGCCCCCCCCUCUUCUCUGUCUCUCUCUGUCUCUCUCCCUCCUGUUGAGGAGGUAGUUCUCAAAACAUACACCCCGACAACAUGAAACUGCCUAUUUCUGAUGUAGUUGUUUCCUUUAUUUUUCAAAGUUGACUCCCUUUUGGCUUCUUCCGAUUUUGCUUUGUUUAUGCGUUUGUCUUUUUAAAUGUCUGUCUUAAAAAUUAAAAAGAGAGCCUCUUCCUCUCUCUCUCUCUCUCUCUCUUCUUCUCUCUCUCUCUCCUCUCUCUAUUUAGUUAGCAUGCACACAGUGGAACAAGUUGUAAAAAGUGCUUCCCCCCCCCCCUCGGUUUUUUUGGGUUUUAUUUCUCCCUCUCCCCUUAGGUUUACUGUGAACAAAGAAGGAAAUGUAUACUGUAUAUGUGAAUUACUUUAUGGGGGGCGGGGAAACUAAUGCUAUAUUUUGUCCUCUUCUUCACUUUGUUCUAUUGUUGAAGCUGGAAGCGGUGGAAGAAAGGAGUUACAAUAAAGUUUACAAGUCACAAUUUC